AUCGUGGUUAUUUCAACGAGAGGCAAGGGAGAGACCGGUCAGCAGGCUUCGCCUUAGGUUCGAUCUCUACGCCAUCGGGUGAGGCGCGACCAGUGGGUUUUGCUUUAGCUUCUUCCGCACCUGCAGGCUUUGGGCUCGGUUCCUCAGUGUCGGCGAACCUUGCCGUAGGGUCUUUAGCAGGCGAUGCAGAGUCUCAGAAUGAGGAUACAGGACGCAGUCGAGUGAGCGCAUUCGGGUCUGUACCCAGUGGCCCGGUAAGGACUCUUGCAGGAGCAUUGGAUGCGGGCCCUCCUGCUCGUCCAGGCAUAUUUGGAAACACUGCGGCAAGAGAUAUUGGUCCUCAAAAAUUCCUUUGA